AUGUCCGGCUACGAUCAGUACAACCAGGGCCAACAGGGCGGCUACUACGGCCACCAGCAGGGCGGUUACCAACAGGGUGGCUACCAGCAAGGCGGCUAUCCUUCCCAGCAGGGCUAUGGCCAGCAGGGCGGCUACGACCAGUACAACCAGCACAGCCAGCAGCACGGUAGCCAGGGUGGCUCUGCCAGCGACUACUAUGGCUCUAGCGGCCAGCAGUCCCAAUACGGUGGUGAGGGCCAGUACGGCCAGCAACAACAAUAUGGCCAGCACGGUCAGCAGCAGUACGGCCAGGACCAGCGUGGAGAGUACAACCAGCAGGGUGCCCCCGGCGGCGCCCAGGAAGGUGAACGUGGCCUCGGUGGUGCCCUCGCCGGUGGUCUCGCGGGAGGCUUUGCCGGUCACAAGGCGGAUCACGGGAUCCUCGGAACCAUCGGUGGAGCCAUCAUCGGAAGUAUCGCUGAGGACGCCAUCAAGAAGCACCGUCACAAGGAAGAGGAGCAGCAACAGUACGGCUACCCUCCCCACGGUGGCCCCGGUGGCCCCGGUGGCCCCCCUCCUCCCGGCUCUCACCACGGUGGCGGUGGCAGCAUGAUGGACCAGUUCGGCAGCUUCUUCAAGAAAUAG